GGUCUGAGUCUGGUUUUCUAUUAUUUUGACCAAACACUAAUUUCGUGCAGCUCGAAGGCACGGCUCUUCUCCUUCAGUUCAUGUUUGGGUUUGGGUCCAGGUUCAGGUCGUUCAGGUUUGGGUCUGGGUCUGGUUCUCUAUUAUUUUGACCAACAACUAAUUUCGUGGAGCUCGAAGACACGGCGGUUCUCCUUCUAGGCUUGGGUUUGGGUCCAGGUAUGGGUUUAAUUUGGGUCCAGUGCUGGACGUCUGAUUCCCUUCUAGGCAUCCUCUACAAAAAGGGGCCACGGCUCCUUUUCUCGUAAGCAUAAUCCUUCUUCAGUAGUUCAUCUCGUCUCACAGAAGUUCGAUAGGAUACUAGCAGGCUACAAUGGCUAGAGUGCAAGCUGUGAUUGCGGUGUGCUUGGUGAUUCUAGCCCUGGAUGUCUCAGCUGGAAUGAUGGCGAUACAGGCCCAAGCUGCUGAAAACAAGGGUAAAGGAGUGGCAAUCAUCUUCUUUCAGUGCAAGAAACCAGUCUACGAAGCUUAUCAGCUCGGCCUCGCGGCUGCAGUUCUCCUUGUUGUUGCCCACGCGGUAGCUUGCUCUCUGGGUGGCUGCUUGUCUCAGUUGGAUUCCAUCUGGGCAUCCAGCAAUAGGAUCCUGGCACUGCUCUCAUGGAUGGCCGUCAUUGUUGGAUUCUUGCUGUUGCGCGACGGGGCCAUGUCCAAUGCCAAAUCAGAGAUUUCAUGGGGCUUCAUCCACGUCGACAUAUUAGCCUUGGGUGGCAAGAUUUGCUUCGUCCACUGCGUGAUCACCAUCGCCUACUACAUCACCGCGGCAGCGCUGCAGUUUGCAUAGCCUAUCGGUUGCGGGGAUCAUCUAUGGGGAGCAUUUCAGU